AUGAGCAACCUCCCGAAGGAUAUUAGUGAUUUAAUUCAAAAGUCCGUAGGGGAAAACAUAGAUAAUUUUGAAGUUACAGUGCAUGGUACCAAUGACAAAGGUGAAGGAUUUGUUGGAGAAAUACUUUUCGUGUCUUUAAAACACAAAACAUCUGGUAAAGAAGAUCACUUGGUUGUUAAAAUAGUAUUGCCAAGUGAAGUGGAAACCACUAUAGACUUUUUGUCGUCUUCAUAUUUCAACGAGAUUUAUUUUUACACAGAAUUAUGGCCAGCGCUAAAAGCGUUUCAAGAAAAGUUUACCAAAGUGUUACCUUUGGAUAUAUUAGCUCACUGUUAUGGAGACUGUCGGGUAAAAGGUAAUGAGAAAAUUAUUUUAGAGAAUUUAAAAUAUAAGAACUAUGCGGUGCAUCCAAAAACAGUACCUGUUUCAAAAGAAUUGUACUCAAAAAUGUUUGCGCUAUAUGGUCGAUACCAUGCCCUUUCUUUCGCAUUUAAAUAUCACGAAAAGGAAAAAUUUCAAACAUUAGUAAAACCUUUGUCCAACAACUGGGAAGGAUUUUUAGGUCUAGAAAUGAUUAAAACCGAAAUUGUAGACGAUUUUGCUAUAAUGGAGGAAAUUUUACGGCGGAAUAAUGAAAACGAUAUUAUUAGUAAAAUUCAACCCUAUGUUAAAAAUGGUGUAGAAAUUUUCCGACGUAGUCUACAUUAUAAAGGACCAAAUUCCGUUGUCGUACAUGGAGACUGCUGGAGCAACAAUAUGAUGUUGAAAUAUAGUAGACUAGAGAAAUUAGUAUGA